AAACAAAGAAGAGAUAAACCAAACAAACAACAAACCAACCGAAAGAAAACACAAAAAAACCUCAAAACAAAAAUAAAAAAAUAAAUCGUAGAAAAACAAAUGAACAAAAACGAACAAAAAAUAAACCAGCCAAACAAAAAAACACAAACAAAAAGCCCCAAAACAACAACAAUGAAUAAACGAAUAAACUCGAAAAACGUCGACCAAACUGGGCUUCCGUAUUGUCACGUGAUUGGCUGUUUUUUCCAGUCAUCUGAUUGGCUGCUGCAGCUGAGGCAGUGUUUUCAAUCUGCGGAACAGGGAAGUGGCUGACGGACGGAGGAAAUGUAACUUCAGUCGUAUUUAGUUUGAUAUUGACAGAAAUAAACACCGACAACUUCCAGUUCAGACGCCCGGUGACCUGCUGUUGCUGCUCGGCCUCGUCUCUGUCAUGUUCCCCUCUCUUUGAAACGAAGCCUGUCGAACUUUCUCUUCGGCUUUCUUCGGCUGAAGCAGUUGUUUACAGUUGUUUACAGUAGUUAACACCGGAGACUAACGAUGGGAGACAGACGGUCGGUUCAUUCGCUGGUGGUUGUCGUGUUUGCUCUCAGCUGUCCUCCGGUGUUGGCGGCGCGGAGGCCUCACGUCGUCUUCGUCCUGGCCGAUGACUUCGGCUGGUACGACGUCGGCUACCACAGCUCGGAGAUCAGGACUCCAAACCUGGACAAAGUGUCCGCCUCGGGAGUCCGCCUGGAGAACUACUACGUCCAGCCUCUGUGCACCCCCUCCAGGAACCAGCUGAUGACCGGGAGGUACCAGAUCCACACAGGCAUGCAGCACCAGAUCAUCUGGCCCUGUCAGCCGUACUGCUUGCCCCUGGAUGAGAAACUGCUGCCCCAGCUGAUGAAGGAGGCGGGGUACGCCACACACAUGGUGGGCAAGUGGCACCUGGGCAUGUACAAGAAGGACUGCCUGCCCACACGCCGCGGCUUUGACUCAUUUUUUGGUUACCUGACGGGCAGCGAGGAUUACUACACCCAUAAGCGCUGUAGCCCGAUCUCUGCCCUGAACCUGACUCGCUGUGCGUUGGACCUGAGGGACGGAGAGGAGGUCGCCACCGGAUACACAGGAGCCUAUUCAACUGAGCUGCUCAGCCAGAGGGCCAUCAGCGUCAUCGAAAAACACAACUCUAACAAGCCGCUCUUCCUCUACGUGGCGCUGCAGGCCGUCCACUCACCGCUGCAGGUGCCAGAGCGCUACACGGCCCCGUACAGUUUCAUCAAAGACCACCAUCGCAGGCUCUACGCCGGCAUGGUGUCGGCCAUGGACGAGGCGGUGGGCAACAUCACCCUGGCUUUGCAGAAGACGGGGCUUUGGGACAACACGGUGCUCGUGUUCUCAACAGAUAACGGAGGUCAGACACUGACCGGCGGCAGUAACUGGCCACUGCGAGGCAGGAAGUGGUCACUGUGGGAAGGUGGGGUUCGGGGAGUCGGAUUUGUCGCUGGCCCGCUACUCGAACGACCCGGAACCGUCAGCCGCGAACUGAUCCACGUCUCUGAUUGGCUGCCGACGUUCGUUGGCCUGGCAGGCGGGAGCACCAACACCACAAAGCCCCUGGACGGAUUCGACGUCUGGAACACAAUCAGCAAAGGGUUCGCCUCACCCAGAGUGGAGCUGCUGCACAACAUCGACCCUCUGUACAAUGAUAUCGCUCCGUGCCCUGGCAGGGAGCGUCGGUUAACUUUGGCUCAGGUGGUCAGCGGAGACACCCGGGCCAACUCCGGCUUCAAUGUGUCCAUUCACGCCGCCAUUCGAUCCUCAAACUGGAAGCUGCUGACUGGCUACCCAGGUUGCGACGUCUGGUUCCCGCGGCCCGGCCACAACGGCUCCGAGUCGAGUCCCUCCGAGCGCGACCCACUGAAGUCCGUGAUGCUGUUUAACAUAGAAAAGGAUCCAGAGGAGAAGGUGGAAGUGUCUGCUCUGUUCCCCACAGUGGUGGAUCAUCUCCUCAGUCGGCUCCGCCACCACCAGAAAAACGCUUUGCCCAUAAACUUCCCAGAUGAAGACCCCAGGUGUGACCCGGGCCCCACGGGAGCCUGGGGACCCUGGGCUUAGCCGGAGGUGACGGUGAUGAACAUUAUGAAGCACUUUGUUUUACAGCAGGAAUCUCUUCAGUGGAGAACUUUUUAUUUUUUUACUGAAUGAUGAUUUAAUGUAAUGUCGGUCGAUCUAAAAGACAUCUUAUUCCAUCAGCCAAAUAUUUCAAGCUUCUAAAUCAGAUCGCUCAGGUUUUUAAAGGAAAAUAUUGUCAGUUGCUUUCUUUUUUCUCAACAACCAAAGCAGAAGCUUGGCGGGUCGUGUCAUUCACAAACUGACUGACAGAUCGAUCGCUGCGUCCCAGGUCGAUAGCGAUUGCGUAAACCGUGUUAGCUACACAUGCUGCUGAUUUGUAAUUUGACUGUCUCCCCGCUGUUUCAGGUAUUUGCACGUUCGUCGGCUGUUGAGAAGCCGCGGGCGUCUGGUAUGAGUCAGACGCAAAGCUGCACAGGAAUAUCACACUCUUGAGAAAAAUAUUUCACCCAUCAAACAAUGGUGAAGAUAUUUUUGAGCUUUUUAAGGAUUGCACAGGAGAGCUGCACUAAUCGAUAUUUUUUAUAUUGACAAUUGGUUUUGACUGGUAACAAUUUCUGACUUAACUUUUGAGUACAGAACGAUGUGUAACCGAAUCACAGUCACUGAUGGGGGGAGAUGGAGACCAAAACUUGGCUAAAAGGACAGCAAAUGUCUGAUUUACACAUGCUACUGUGUGUUAUUGCAGAUUUUAAAGAUGUUUUUGUUUUUUAAUGUGCUUUAAAUGAACUGUGCUCUACUUUUUUUGCAAUUUAGUAAUUGUGCACACCACUGUUUGUAAGUGUCAACGGGUCGUAGAUUAAGAUUAGCUAUAAGAAAUACAUCAUAAACAGGGUAAGAUGUGGUAAAAAUGUUUGUAAAACAGACUGAAAAUUAUGAAUGUGUAGACAGUUUGAACAGAAUACAGCUAAUUACAAGUGGUCUUCUUCAGCUCACUUGUUUCCCUCAUCGUUGCCUCUAAGUUAACGAUGAGUAGGUGCUAAAUGAGUUAGCGGUUAGCGGCGUAUUUCUGCUUUCAAGGCUGAAAAUGUGAGGAAUUUCUUGUGUAGACUUCAGGCAUCUCUUAUGUUAUGGCUUCAGAAAUAACUCCCACAUGCCCGUCAUUCAUGAAUGUACCGUUCUCAUGAAGGAUAAAGUUGUUUAAGGUCAAA